GUUUGUGAUCAGUACCCUAACCCCGGGACAACUUGUUUAAUAUCAAUAUUCAAACGUACUCUGAGUACGUUCGUGUUGAUAUAUUUUUAGUGGAUUUAAUGUCGCCUCUGCUCCUUCAAAGCCAGGAGAAGAACUGUAAUGCAUACAGACCCCAGGUUUGAGUUACCGUGAUGGACGAGCAGUCCCAUGGCAGUCCCCAGCAUGGCGGCUUUCAGACCGGCGUGGAGGCCCGCCAGGGGAGGCAGGGUGUCAUCAGGUGCGGGUGGCUCAGGAAGCAAGGUGGUUUCGUCAAGACGUGGCACAGCCGAUGGUUUGUACUGCGAGGGGACCAGCUCUUCUAUUUCAAGGACGAGGACGAGAGCAAAUCUCUGGGAGCCAUUUUCCUACCCGGCAACAAAGUUACAGAGCAUCCGAGCAGUGGCGAUGAAGCGGGAAAAUAUCUCUUUGAAGUCAUUCCAGGGGGAGACAGAGAGCGGAUGACAACCAACCAUGAGACCUACCUCCUUAUGGCCAGCACCCAGAAUGACAUGGAGGAUUGGGUGAAGACCAUCCGCAGGGUCAUAUGGGCGCCUUUUGGUGGAGGAAUCUUUGGCCAGAAACUGGAGGAGACGGUGCGGUACGAGCGUCGCUACGGGAACAAGAUGGCGCCCAUGCUGGUGGAGCAGUGCGCCGACUUCAUCCGCCAGCGGGGGCUUCAUGAGGAGGGCCUCUUCAGACUUCCCGGACAGGCCAACCUGGUCAAAGAGCUGCAGGAGGCCUUCGACUGCGGGGAGAAGCCCCUGUUUGACUGUAACACAGACGUGCACACAGUAGCGUCGCUGCUCAAGCUGUAUCUGCGAGAACUCCCCGAACCCGUCGUCCCCUUCCACAAGUACGACGACUUCCUGGCCUGCACCAAGCUGCUCGGCAAGGACGAUGACGACACGGGUAUGAAGGAGCUGAGGAAGCUUGUGGAAGGUCUACCUCCUGUCAACUACAACCUUCUCAAGUACAUCUGCAGGUUUCUUGAUGAAGUUCAGUCAUAUUCUGGAGUGAAUAAAAUGAGCGUGCAGAACUUGGCCACGGUGUUUGGGCCAAACAUCCUCAGGCCAAAAGUGGAAGAUCCAGUUGCCAUCAUGGAAGGAACCGUCCUGGUCCAGCAGCUCAUGGCGGUUUUGAUCGGCCGGCACGACACGCUCUUCCCUCGGGACGAGGACAGUCCCGCCGGGCCGCCGGAGAUCGCCACCAACAACAAUGUGGACUCGCCGAGGCGACCCGCGGCUCAGAUGACGGUGGCUCAGAACGUCGAGAACAACAACGUGCAGGCGGUGCGCCAGUGCGUCUGGGAGGCGGCGGACUCUCCUUGCCGGCACGAGGACGGGCAAGGCUCCCUGCGCUCCGCCAGCCCUCGGAACAUUCCGGGACGCUUUGACAAUACCCGGAGCCCGCCGCUCACGGUUAAAAAGAAUCCCGCGUUCAGUAAAGGAAGCGGGAUUGUCACCAACGGAUCUUUCAGCUCCUCGCCACCCUCCUUGGAGCCAAACUUGGACAAGUGUCAGAUUUUGAUGAGCGGCGGGAGCUUACCAGGGCGCCGGAACGGGACACGGAAGGGCUCGGGCACAAAAAUGGGCACCGGCGGCGUUACAGGAAGCGGGAACUCCAACGGGGUUCUUCGGAUGGGAGUCUCCGGCCCUGACGCGGUUGCAGCGGUCCUGAACGGCCACGGUGGUCUUUGCGUACCGAACGGAUGCGUCACGUUACGGGAGGCAAAAAAAGGGCCGCGUGACUACCCCAACGGGGAUCAAACUUGCAACCAGAACCGUCUGUCCACGUACGACAACGUGCACCUGAACCCUCACAACCUGCAGCACAACCACGUGGCCCACGUGGCGUGUCUCAGCAGCAACUGUGAGGACAAGCAGAGCGUGGACAGCGCCACCUGGUCUACGUCCUCCUGCGAGAUCUCCCUGCCGGACAACUCCACGUCCUGCCGCUCCUCGACCACCACCUGCCCCGAGCAGGACUUUUACGGCUGCCACUACCAGGACCUGGACGGCCCUAACCGGGACGGUGGCGUGGACGAGGACCGGGACAGCGGCAGAGAGGCGACGCGAGCGGACGUGGCGGCGAGAAACAGCAGCGAGCACAGUGGCAAGGACGACGGAGGAGGGGGAGCGGUAGGAGGACACAGUGCACUUCACAGCCUGGUGGCGAGUCUCAAACAGGAGGUGCUCAAGCAGAAAUCCGAAUACGAGGCAAGGAUAAAGAGCCUGGAGCAGCGCAACCUGGACCUGGAGUCCGAGAUGGUGAGCCUGCACGAAGAACUGGACCAGGAGCGUAAGAAGUACACCAUGGCCGAGAUCAAGCUACGCAACGCCGAGCGGGCCAAGGACGACGCCGAGCACCGCAAUCACAUGCUGCAGAAGGAGAUGGAGCAGUUCUUCUCCACUUUCAGCGACCUCACCGCCACCGGAAGCAACUCUGCCACCGUGGACCCCCGCCGGCCCGAUCGCAGCAACCCCAUCUGGAUACAGUGAAGGUGGGCGGGACGGACACCUAGAAAGACCACAACGGCUCCAAGCGGGAUUUGGCUGCCGGAUGUGGUGAUGAACUGUGGUGAGGUCUUCACCUCCACUAGCAUAUCGCAAAAAAAAAAAAAAAAAAAAAAAAGAUUCGGAACUAAAAGGAGCCUGACGCUACUAUGAAAGCAACUCCAAUGACUUGUCCAAACUUUCCAUAGAUGAUUACGUGGCCAAGCCUGCUAAUGUUAGCGAUGCUCAAAAAAUACACUCACAACAGAGGGGAACGAGGAUCAGCUCCCGAUCGAUCGUACGAGCGUUGGAUUUAUUGGUGGUAUGGAGCAAAAUGUCUGUCGACUUCACUUCCCGUUUUGUUUUACUCGGCAGUCAGGUCGGCACUGAAAAUGAGAAUCUGUUCUCAAUUAUCUAGGUUAAAUGAAUAAAUUAUUACACAAAUCUAGAAAGGCAUCCGCUGAGCGUAUGGAAGAUGCAGGAGAGGUGCUAGCGCACAACAGAGCAAAUUUUCCUUUCGUCCUCCUGGUAAGACAAGCAAUCUCACACUAUUAUGACGAAGCAGCUCCAACGAGUGUUGGCACAGAUAGUACGGACAGCGUGUUAGCUGUUUUUUGUUGUUAGCAUUCUUUUUAAAAUUAGCAUUGUGAGCUCAUUUGUCAGCAACAAAGCAGAAUCGCAACAACCCAAAUGUACUGUGUUCACGAGUGUCCACUAGUAUUUUGUUGGAAAUUUUGAAUUGGAACUACAGGGACAUGGAAAAAACGUCAGCUGAGAGACUGAUAAUGCUAGCGGACCGACAAAAUAGUCGCUUCUGCCUCGGUUAGCAACCUUCCUUUCCGUAACUUACUCUUUUGCCUAUGUCAGCAACUCUUUGGCCUCUUUUCGCAUCCCUUAAUUCUGCCUCAGUUAGCAUCGCAUCUGCCUUUAUUAGCAACUUCUGCUUCCCUGUUAGCAUUCCUUUUGCAACUCUUCUGCGUGUGAUAGCAACGAUUUAGCCUGCGUUAGUCACCCUUCUUCCUCUUUUAGCAUCCUUUCUGCCUUCAUUAGCAACCUUUCCCUGUUCACGUCCCUUCUGCCUUCGAUAGAAAUGCUUCUGUGCCUUCGUUAUCAACCUUUCCCUCUGCUAGCAUGUUUUCUGCCUCCUUUAGCUAGUCCUCUCUGCAUAUCGCUUACCGAAGUGCUGACGUGACAUUGAAAAGUUUUCAUUCAAUAAUUACAGACAUCGGUGUAAAUGAUGACGUCGCCUGGGGUGACGUCAAGGUGAGACUUUGUGUCAAUAGAGCGCUAUUUAAAGACUCUCAAAGGCUACGUGAGGCUCUACGUACGAAACCAUUGGACUUCUCUCCUAGUUGUCCGUUAGGCUCGUGUACAUAAAGCAGAACGCGGGAGGGGAACGCAUGUCUUAUUUAUAAAGAGAAAUGAAUUUGCCUAAAUGUGCUAUUUAAAUGUAUGUAAAUGUUCACACUGUAUAGGUGCUUGCACUUACUUCCGCGUUGUUGUCCGUGCUCGGGUUCAUGACCAAAAACAAACUAACAAACAAACAAAAAACAAGCAGCAGCAAGUGUGUAGCAAGGUGUGUGUGAGGUAGUGUCUAUGAAAUAUCAAAUGGAGUCGUUCUAAUAAUAUGUUCAACCAAACAAACUGUAUGUUACAAGGGGGGAGUUUUAAACCUGCUGCUGGUCAUUGCAGUUGCUAAAGAUGUGUCCCGAUGACGUUAUUAGGAUUCCCACAGGUAGGGCACGCCCUGCUCCAAUAUUACUGGCUCCAGGACACACGCUGUUGCACUAUGAUUGGCUGCUGUAUCCCCGUAGAACACGCCCUAGUGAUUCCAGAUGGGAAAAGACGUAUGUGACUUAAGUGUGGCCCCGUAAAUGUUUCCCACUAACCUUAACCCACCCUAAUCCUUACCGUAACCUAUCCUAAACCACUUUAAACCCAACCCUUUCCCUAAACCUAACCAUAACUUACUUCUUUGUUUUUAUUUCGUAGAAAUGUGAUACAUGUUUGGGAUGGUCAUCUCGUUACAUCUGCGUAGCCUGUCCUUCCUGUGACGCAGGAACGGGGCUUGUCCUGCCUGGAAAUUAUGUGGGAAUCCUAAUCAGGCAUCCGAUGCUAGUUGGCUACAUGUUAGCGUCGCUACAUACUGUACAUACUGUAUUUCCCUCCAUUAGACACCGUGCCCCUGUUAAUCGCCGGGUGCGACAUAGACUUAAAGAGGCAUAAACGCCUCACUCAAGUAGCUCUGUUUGAACUGUGUUGCCAACCAAAGCAGCAGCACCUACCGAGCCAUGUUAAACUUUGUCAUUGUGCGUCUCCCUCACCAGUAGAUUCUUUUUAUGGUGAGAGGCAAAGAACUGGGACUACUGUGGAAUAAACUACAUGUGAUACUUGA